AUGGCCGGAAUAGAGAAGGCAUUUGAUAAGAGAACAGGUAAACAAAAAGAUAAAUAUGGUUUUGAAGAUUUAGACCCUUCCGACGGAGGUUUGGCUAAAUGGGCAGCGUCUUCAAUUGGCUCUUUAGCUUUAGCUGCCGGUUCUGGUGGAGCUAGUAUUCUUGCUGCCGCCGCGGGGGAGGCUGCGGGGAAUUCCUUAAUGGAUGCGGCAGGAGCUGCUAUUGCAAAAAGACGAGCCACUCCUUUUGGUGGUAUUGGUGAUGCAAAAGAUGAAUUAACAAUGGGUUUCGCAACACAAAAAGCAAUAGAAGCAAGCAUGGGCGGAAUAAUGUCAGGAGCGGGCGGAAUAAUUUCAGCCACUAAAAAAGCCGGCAUGGAAUUUGCAGGGGAAUUUAUUGCACAUAAAUCUUUCUUACCUCUACUAUUUGUAGAAGCCCGAACUAGUGCCGUUUACUCUGACCGUUGGCGAAACGAAAUGAACCGCCGACUAAUUCAGUACGAUUUUUAUUUUGGCAAAGACCCAGAAGUUUCUUUAGCAAAGGACGUUGGAAUGGAAUUUGGGAUUGAAGACAUUUUUGUUUAUCAAUUAAGGGAAAGUAAACGACCUAAGAUUACUCUGGAAAGUCUUUUUCCAGGAUUUCGUGGAACUCUCACUAAUAGCAUAGGCCAAGAUGGAGGAACAGAUACUUUAAACAUUCAGAAUAAACAAACUAAAAUAACUAAGGAAAAGCACACUUGUUCAAGUGGUGGAGGCGUUUCUAGUUCCGGAGGAUUUAAUGUGGAAAGUUGUGGGUUAAAAACAGGUUAUGGAGACAAAGUUAAUCAAUAUUUAGGGGGAGAUACACCAACUAAGAAAAGUUGGAGCGACUUUCCGAGCCAUUUGAAAGAAAAUCAAUAUCAAAAAGUCAAUUUUCCCAAAAGUAAUGGCUUAGUUAAAUUUGGUCGCGGGCAAAAAUAUGUUGUUAUGGGUUAUAUGAAAGAAUAUAAAGGAGGCAGCACACAUCCAGUAGAAUUAUAUUGCGAAGUAAAUAAUACGAGAAUUAUUUAUAGUAAUAACCCACCUGAUGCUUUUUCGGGAGGUGGUGGAGCCCAAAUAUCUUUGCCGGUUGGCUUGGGUAAUAUUGGGCAGGCUACUGGUGGCUUAGGAAUGUCUUUGCCAAACGUUAGUUCUCUUGAUAUCAGUACCCAAAUGCCCGAGCAAAUUCAGAGUCAAUUAAAUACUAAUGAAAUUAAUAUUAAUUUACAGCAGCAAGAAAUGCCUAAGAUGCAAGAGAUGAAAAGAGGCGAAACUGGUAGCCACAAAAAAGACGAAACUAAAGAGAAAAAAAGGGAUAAUUUAACUAAUUUGGAUCUUUCAAAAUGCCUUAAUCUAGAAAGAAUAAAUGUAAGUUUAAAUGAAUUCAUUUCAGUAGAAUUUUUAUCCAAGUUACCUUACCCUUCUAAAAUGACUAAAAUUGAAAUUUAUGGGAGGCGUAAUAAAUUUUAUGGUUCGUUGGAAAGUUUAAAAGAUUUAAAUGAGUUAGAAAGAAUUUGUAUUGAAGCCACUGAUGUUGAUAGAGGAUUAGAAUAUUUAACUAGUUUGGCGAAAAUUCAAAAGAAGACUCAGAAAUAUUGUGUUAUUGAAUGCUCUCCUCACAGCAGUGACGCUAAGUGCAAAACCAUCCAAGACCAGCUUCGUCCUUACAAUUAUGACUUAGAAGCUUGGCAAUUAGAUCAUCCAGAGUUAAUGAAAAAGGUAACUAAAAUUUCUGAUAGCGAAAGAGUUCAAGUUGUUACUACCAAGAUAGAAGAAAUCAAAAAAGAACUGGAGCAGGUUAAACAUAAUGAACCAAACAAGGAUAAAAAAAUUGAGCGAUUAGAAAGCAAACUCAAACUUUUGGAAGAAGAACUAGGUUUUUUGACAAAAGAAAAUAGAGAAUUAAGAACGACCAUAAGAGAAUUAGAAAUAAAGAUUAAUUCUUUAACUCAAAAAUUAGAACAGAUCAAUUUAAUCUCUCAAAUUGAAAUUUCUCCUAAAUAA